UAUGGCUAUUUAUCAUUUUGGUCACUUCCAAGAUUUAUAUACUGAUCGGUGGUACUGUUCAAGGUUUCCCCAAUUUGUUAGUGAAUACCCAAAAUUUGAUAUUCCCAUCACUAGCUUAUAUAUGUCAGAUUCAAGGCGACAAGUAGAAUCGCCUAGAAGUAGUAUCGUGGGUGUGCGAGUGGAAACAUGUUAAUAAUAAGUUUUACAAAUAGUUUAUCUAAUAUUAAAUGUCAAGUGCUGAGUAUAAGUGGACAAAAUACUUUAACAAACAGUUUACCUUCUUGAUCGAGUGCUAAAUUAGUUGUUUUAUUUAGUAAAUUUAAGCAGAAAAUUCAUUGAGCUCGUGACCAUGCCAAAAGGGAAACGAAAGGGGCGGUCUGAUCGCAAUGGUCGUCAUCAUGAGAAUGGCGGUGGUUCUUUAAACUCCUCUGAAGAUGAGUCAUACAACCUUGACAAUGCUAGUGUAGCUAGCAACUUUUCGGAUGCUACUGCCGAGGAUCCAGAUGAUGGCGCUGCUUUGGCCGAUGAUCAAAUGGAGGAGAAACUGGGGGAACUCAUUGAUGGAAUGGCGCAGAAAUCCUCUCAGGGCCGAGUCAACUGCCAAGAGCAGCUUGUAAAGGCCUUUGUCAAGAAGUACAUGCCCGGAUUCAUCAAGGAAAGAUACUUCACCAUAUGUGACUGCAUAGAGCGUAGUUUGAAGAAAGGUGGCGGAGCAGAAAAGGCGGCCGCUGCUGAAUUGGCUACUGUGAUAUGUGUCCAGCUAGGCAAUGAUGACAGUACAGAGGAAAUUUACAAGUUACUCAAACCGGUGCUGCUCACAAUGAUGUGCGACACCUCCGUAGCCGCAAACAUCAGGGCAAAGUGCUGUACGGCUCUGAGCAAUAUGACGUUUCUGUCUGGAUGCGAAAUCGGCGACGUAAUCCACCUGAUGCAACAGCUGGAGUCAAUCUUCUCAGCCAGUUAUUUGAAAGGUGAUGGGAGUGUUCCCAUCGUCUCCGCAGAAAUGGCAGUACUGCAUGCAGCUGCUAUAUCCUCUUGGAGUCUUUUGCUGACGCUGGUUAAUCCUGCAGACAUCGAUGCGGUCGUCAAUAGUAAUGCGAAAAGAAUGUCGUUGGAAAAGUUAUCAGAGCUACUGGAGUCUAUUCACCUUGAAGUGAGGAUGUCUGCGGGCGAAGCCCUAGCACUUGUUUAUGAACUCGGUCGCAACAACGAUGAAGACUUUGAGGAGGAUUUUGCCAUGGACAUUACGGAAACGCUGAAGCAACUUGCUACCGAUUCCCAUAAGUACAGGGCUAAGAAGGACAGGAAACAACAAAGGGCGACUUUCAGGGACAUACUACAGUUUAUCGAGAGUGACACGGUACCUGAAAUCCAAGUAAAAUUCGGGAAGGAAGUAUUGGUCUUGGACACAUGGACAAGAAGGAAACAGUAUGAUACGCUUUGCAACAUUCUAGGCCCCAGCAUCAACAUUCAUUUGACAGAAAACGAGUUAUUGAGAGACAUAUUUGAAAUAGUUGGACCACCACCUACUACUGAAAUACCAACAUAUGCUCAAAACCAGAUGGAGAGGAACAGAAAGGUAAUAAAGCUUGUACCAUAAACGCACAUACAUAUGUAUACAUUGAAAAUACUAAUAUUGAUUUAAGACUCCUAUCAUAUUCAGGAUGUAACAUUAACAUGUUUUCAGCGGGCAUUGAACGCAGCCAACAACAAAGCCAGGACCAUCUCCAGAGGAAAGAACAGGGACAAAAGAUCAGACUUUUAACUUUUUACACUAUUGAUUUUUAUUCAAAAUUCUUUAUUUAUUACCGUAUUCUUGUAGUCGGUAUUUAUUGUAUCAUCAACAUCAAAUAUGUAUUGGCUGGAAUUGAAAACGUGUAGCUUUUUUAAAUUGUGUAUUACCUGAAUAAACCUUUUUUGUUACACUGAAA